AGUGAGUCUGGAUGGUCGCAGCAGAGGCAGCAUGACCUCAUGGAGAUGCCUGACCCCGCUGUUUCUUUGCGUGUUCCUGAGCUUGAUUCUCCAAUCAGAGGCGGAUUGUUUGUCAUUUAACUCGAAUGACAUGCUGGAUCAAACUUAUGGCAUCAAAAACACAAACGAUAUCAAGGACAUGAUGGAGUGUUCUGCAGGGCAAAUGUGCCGUGACAAAAACAAGAAGAUGUGUGCUGUGAUAACUUCCUGUUACUUCGAAGCAAAGAAACAUUUACUUUUGGAACUGCCGAAAGAUGCAACAAUAAUAACUGAAGAGUGCCAGAAAGCGAGUGUUUCUCACAACGUCUCUCACUACGACUUCAUGUGCCUGAUAGCCAAAGACAUGGGGAUCGAUCCGCCACAAGGGUACUGCCAACACGAUGCCGUGCACGAGCUGUAUUCAAAGAUAGCUGCCAAUCCAAGUUCAGCAGGGAGAGUUAAACAAGACGGAUCAGGCAAAGAGAGCGUCACCCUGAAGGGCUUCCUGAUCAUCUCCGUGGCUCUGAACAUCCUCCUGCCUCUCUUCGUGUUCCUCUUCAUGCACCACAGGCAGAAGCAGAAUCUGUGGCGGUUAGAUCUUGAAUCCAAACACGAGCUGUUGCCGAAUAAAAACAUGGGUAAUGAUGCCGUUGGAGAGGAAACAAAAGCUUAAGGACUCUUCUCUAAGCGUCACCUAUAUAUAUAUUGCCAUCACAUUGCAGCUGUUGGAUGUAACCCAGGAUCUGGAGGCCAGGAGAGGGACUCUUGACGGACGGGAGGUUUUCGCCUUGAAUCCCAGAGUGGAAAUCGACCAAUUGCAACACGAUCGUUCUGCUGAGUUACAUGGACUGUUUCCCCGGAGUUCAGUCAAAGGAGAAAGAAGAGUGAAAGGACUGAACAGAGACAAGUUGGCUGGACCCACUUUUAAAGCAGAGACAUGUUUUUUUUCCCCACUGCCUUCACAGAAACACAUGGGGAAGUUUCCAAAGAGUUUAGAGAGCUGGUGAAAGACCCAAUUAGUGUAAAGUUGUGUAUGAAUUACGUAGUUUUCAACCCGGAAGUAAGCAUAGCAAGGGAUCCCUCAAACAACAAACAAAGGGAAUUUUCUGUUCUCAAAAAGUAAGAUCUAAAGUUCAACGCUAAGCUAUUUACAUUCUGUAGUUCAGACCCUUUUCCCACUUCCAGUUCAGAUCAUGUACAGAUGUUCUCUGAGGUGAUAUGAGGACAUUUUGAAUAACUCUGUAGAGUCUUGUGGUGAAAAUGCUCUGCUAUGAGGAGCUACGAGAAGAACCAGAACUCAAAAUAAUGUGAGCAUUUUGAGAAAUAAAAAAGAAUUCAGGAUUUUGAGAAAAAUUCUAAAAAUUUAGAUUUUUAGAAAAAUUCUGGAUUUUGAUAAAAAGUCAUAAUUUUGAGAAAGUGGUCAUAAUUUUUGUAAAAAACCUGAAAGCUGAGACAUUUCUGCAAAAAGUCAGAAUUUUAGAUUUUGAGAGAAAAGUCAACAUUUUGAGAGAAAAGUCAGAAUUUUGAGAAUUUGAGAGAAAAGUCGAAAUGUUGAGAGAAAAGUCGGAAUUUUGAGAUUUUGAGAGAAGUCGGAAUUUUGAGAUUUUGAGAGAAAAGUCUGAAUUUUGAGCUUUUGAGAGAAAAGUCAGAAUUUUAAGAUUUUGAGAGAAAAAGUCCAAAUGUUUUGAUUUUCUUUUGGACUUUUUACAUUUUUUUAAUAAAGUCAACAUUGAGAAAAAAGCAGCAAUGUGAACAAUGAGUUUUUUAUUAGAGAUCUAUCUCAGCUAUCUGGCUAGUAUUGCCAAAUUGAUGGCUUCUUCUUCCGCAGCUCCUCACAGAUCCAGACAUCGCUGUCAAUUCUCAAAUAUACGUUUUUUGGAAAAAGUAAUGACAUAUUGGUAAUCAAAAAUAGUUUGUUUAUCACCUGAGAAACUGUAAUAACUUAAUAAAAGUUAAUUGAAAACCUUA